AUGGCUGACCAGCUGACGGAAGAGCAGAUUGCCGAAUUCAAGGAAGCUUUUUCCCUAUUUGACAAAGAUGGUGAUGGCACUAUCACAACCAAGGAACUUGGAACCGUCAUGAGGUCGUUGGGUCAGAACCCAACAGAAGCCGAAUUGCAGGACAUGAUCAACGAGGUGGACGCUGAUGGUAAUGGCACCAUUGACUUCCCAGAAUUUUUGACUAUGAUGGCUAGAAAAAUGAAAGACACCGACAGUGAAGAGGAAAUCCGCGAGGCGUUCCGAGUCUUUGACAAGGAUGGCAAUGGGUACAUCAGCGCCGCAGAGCUGCGCCACGUCAUGACAAACCUGGGGGAGAAGCUGACCGACGAGGAAGUGGACGAGAUGAUCAGAGAGGCAGACAUCGAUGGAGACGGGCAGGUCAACUACGAAGAAUUCGUACAGAUGAUGACUGCAAAAUGA